UGUUCGUUUCGUCAGUAUAUACAAUUGCAGUAAAGUUUUCUUCUUUUGACGACUUUGUUUCUUGGUCUCGUCGGUUUCUCACUCUUUCUUGCAGAAGAUAACUUCUUGGUCCUAUAAAUAUUACAAAAUGAAAAGGAAGGUGCAAGCCCAACGUAAGUUUGCUCAAGGUGCAUACGUGCCACCAUUGCAGCAUACCAACAAUAACAUAGAGAAGAGAGCGGACGGCGUCAAAGACGAGCAGAAAGUCUGCGUCACCCACCACGACAUAUCACCCAGUGUAUUCUUGGAUCUAGUCUCAUUUGCAAAUCUGCACUUUCACAAGAAACUGCAGCCAAUUGUUCGUUUAGAACGCUUAAAGACUAACGACCCCUCUCCAAAAGAUUCGGAUACAAUAAAAUCGGCGCAAGCAAUAAAAACACCAAAGAAAAAAAUACAAAAACGUAAGAACACUAAACGCCUGAACAAUGUCAGUUUGAAGUACGUCAGUGAAAAUUUGAAACCAAAAACGUUAUCUCAAAUUAGAUUAAGCACAAUAAAAAGAAUGAAAGCGGUGGACGACAACGUGGCACCCAGGAGACUGGUCAGGAAAAGGAAUGCUAAUUCACAAACCCAAGAUCCCGACGAGGACGACACGCCAUUGAAAUAUUUCGCGAAAAACACCAGAAACAACACGAGCAAGGAUCACGCACCGGUGGCCAAGCGCAGAAAACCACAUACUACCCACAAUUCAAAGUUGCAAACUCCAAAACCGUCACCAACCAAACAGGCACUACGGAAACCAAAGCAAAUUUCAGAAAACAAACCCUUGACAAGAAAAGCCGCCAAAUUAUCUGAAAUAAUUUGUGAUGUAUCACCAGUAAAGAAAAGAACAUUAAAAAAAAUGCUUAGAUCAUUGCCAAAAAAGAAAAUAGAAAGCCACGCAUCAACGAAGGCCAAGCCACCUCGGAAGUUAUCGUCCACUAACGCAACUAGUUCUGAAAACGUAAAUGAAUCCAUAUUGACAGCGAACAACAAUGAAUGGGAGCAGUUCGCACGCAUGAACGUCUCUCAAGGCAGCGACGACCCGUCUCCACCCGCCGCUGAAGGCGAAACUUCGACUGCUCUAGUAAAAACUAGAUUCGCCAGUCUAGAUAAGUUCAUAUUAAAUCCAAAACCUGCUCCUGUCGUUAAGGCUGCGCCUUCUAAGCACGAAACGCCCACUAGUGCUACAAUGUUUGCCCGAGCUCAAAGUGGCUAUUAUGGCACCAAUGAAAUACAACAGUGGAUAAAUAAUUCAAUGCAAAAUAGGCCAGAAACAGAAGAAGUGUUCAAAGUACCGGCCAUACCGGACUCGAACGAGUACGGUAUAGCCGAAGAUACAAAAGAAUUGGCAGAGACCUCAUCUGAAAUGCCACUGUUGACUGAAAUGCCACGAUUAACGGAAAUGUCACCGUUAAUUGAAAUAUCACCGUUUACUGACAUGCCACUGUUAAUGGAGCGUCCUAACGCCAGUUCCCCGUGCCCGUCCGAGCGGUACUCCACUGUAAGGGACGUGGUGUGUGCUCCGAGCGUUGAUCUAGAGCGCCGCUGCAGAAACUGUUCACCGUGUGCACGCGUCACCAAAGUGGAACGACUUUCGCAGAUGGUGCAACGACCAGAACCUCCAGCAACCGCUGACCAACAAAUAUACGAAUUUGACGCGGACGACGCGGAUCGCGCCGACGACGAGGCCGGACAGAAGCUGCGCCUCGACCACUACCGGCAACAGCGCCGCGUGCCACGACCCCGGGACCCGCCCACCAUCAUAUCGGCCACUGAAGGCGACAACUAUUUUUACCUGGAUCUAUUCCCGGAAAACAGUCCGCACAUCAUUCAGAUAAUGUCAACGAAAAUUCCUAAUCAAAAUAAACAGAUGUUGCGUGCGCGACUCAUGCAGAAGUCGCUGGUUAAUUGUAAAAAUGAGUUCAGUCUGAUCGAGCACGAAAACUUGCUGGAUCAGCUGUUAGAGACACUCAAUAUGAGCAAGCAGAGCACAGGGGAACUAACGAAAGAUCAGCCAGUGGUUGUACUCGCAAGUGGUUCAGACACGGCGCCUGCGCAACUCGAUAGAGUUUCGACAGCAUGCACUGCGCCCGCAGUGUCCGGUCCUAUCACAGCGACGGCGCCGCUGGCUGCAUCUGUCGCGUCCACACCCGCGGUUCCUCUCGCAGCGACUGUUCCGCCCGCAGUUAAUUUCCCGCUUGUAGCGAUUGCCUCAUCUACAGUGACAACUCCGCCCGUGGCGGCUAUUCCUUCGACGUCUGCGCAGUCGGCCUCGUGCGUCCCACCCGCUGUUCCCACACCGCCCGUUUCGUCGAAAACCGUUACAAAAAAUACACCGAAAAAUUCAAAUCGAACCAAGUGUUCGACUAGUCGACCGUCCACGAGUAAAAUGGCUACUCGAGCUACUCCAGUAGCUAAAGUUCGCAAUGCACCUGCGGAUAUAGUGUCAAACAAAAAAUCCACCCAACAAUCGUCGGCCAAGAGAAAAUCUAACACUCAAAAGAAUGCACAGAGUGGCGUACUUAUGAACGCGCCGAUCUAUCACCCGACAGAAGAAGAAUUCAAAGAUCCGUUGACAUAUAUAAAAAAAAUAAUGCCUGAAGCCUCGAAAUACGGCCUGUGUAAGGUGGUCGCGCCGAAGGGAUUCCAACCUCCAUGCUUGGUCAAAAACGAAAUAAGAUUUAAUGUGUCUAAUCAAUAUAUAGCACGCUUGUAUAAUCGUUGGGGGCCCGCUACAAGCGAAAUGUGUGCCAUAAAAACAUAUCUCGUCUCGCAGAGUGUACAGUUUAACAGAGCUCCAUUGCUAAAUAAUUUAGAAGUUAACCUGCCCAAGCUGUACCACGUGGUGCAGAAAUAUGGCGGUCUUAAAAAAGUAAUGGAAAAAAAGAAAUGGGGCCGAGUAGCCGAAGAAUUGAGGAAUGGUAGACCAUGCAACCCUGAAAAACUGGAUCUACUUUAUUUGAGAUUUUUACUACCUUACGACACACUUUCCCAUAAGGAACGCCAGCAAAUAAUCAGAUCCGUAGAAAAGGGCUGGAAGAAGAAAAAUAAUAAAAUGCUUGAACGGGCCUCGAACCCACUACACCGACAGAAGCGGCUUCUAGGUGAGAGCGAAUCUUCCGGCGACGAUACCGAAGAAGAGAACGACAUGACCUCCGCGCUGACUGAGGCUGAAGAUUGCGUGGUCCCCGGCCGUAGCAUGACGCUCGUCACUUUUGUUAAGGCUGCGGCGGCGGCGCAGGACACCUAUUAUGGCCGUUCACGUAAACCACUUCCGUCACUGGUGGAACAGGAGUAUUGGAAGCUGGUUGUUAAUGGAUCGGACCAUGUGUGUGUCUAUACUGCUUCAAUUGACACAGGCGACGAGGGUUAUGGCUUUCCUACUGAUAAAAAUGACUCUUACGGCACACACCCAUGGAACCUCAAAAUGAUCAGUCAGAACGAGGGUAACGUGCUGCGCUCGCUGGGCUCGGUGUUGGGCGUGACGGUGCCGACGCUACACCUCGGCAUGAUGUUCUCCACCAGCUGCUGGCACAGGGAUCCGCACGGGCUGCCCUGGAUAGAGUACAUGCACCGAGGACCGCCCAAGAUAUGGUACGGUAUUCCGGAUGAGCAGAGUGAUAAUUUCCGAAAAGCUGUGGAGACAUUGUGCCCUACGUCGUGCCAAAACAAAUCCAUCUGGCUCCCGUCGGACAUCACAAUGAUCCCGCCGGAGCUGCUGCGCGAGCACAACGUGACCCUGUCCCGGGUGGAGCAGUCGCCCGGGGAGUACGUCAUCGUGUUCCCUAAGGCGUACUCCUGCUCGAUAUCCACUGGUUACACGCAGUCCGAGAGUGUGUACUUCGCCACGGACGCGUGGCUCGCGGGCGUCGACAGAGUGUUCCACGAGCUGCGCGAGAACUGUGAGCCGACAAUGUUCUCCCUAGAGCAGCUGUUGCUGGCUAUUGCCGCCGACGGCCGAAGCACAGCACGGGUGCUGCGGCCCGUGUCUGGCGCCCUAGGCCGUCUGGUGGCCGACGAGCUCGACCAUCGGCGGCAGUUAGCACGGCUCGGUCUUACAGCUGGCGCCGCCGAAAGUUCCAACACACGGGCGUGGCGCCGACGGCCGGCAGGCGCGUGGACCGACAGCGAGCAAGACGAAUGUGAAGUCUGCCGCAGGACUCUCUAUCUGUCUAAAGUGAGGGGGGUGGCCGGUCGCCGCGCCGCUGCUUGCUUGCAACACGCACUCCUGUUGCUUCGCCGUGACUCGGACGCGGGCUCGGGCGCCACACUACGCUGCUACUACUCCGAGGACGACCUGCGUGACGCUGUCUGCGCUCUCGACGCUCGACUGCGACGACUUGCGGCCAACGAUAAAGCAUAAAUACUGCACAAGGUCUGCCCCAUAGAUUAAGAUAUAUUUUUUUUUUAAUGGGUGAUAAUGGAAUUCACCCCACCCGCGCUAUCGGUAUACACCGGUAGGGCACCAGUGAAGGAUGAUAGGUGAGGAUGAAGCAGGUCAGUUAGCUCGUCGUGACGAAUUCAACAAGAAUUGUUCACGAUGGUUUCCAGGGGGAACCACGUGGAGGUCGAUCUAAUAGGGCAUAUUGUUAGCAAUGGGGCAGUCAAACCCCAUUGUUAACAAUUCCUUUCCCCCCAGAUAAUUAGGUUAUGGGUAGUAUGGACACUGAUACAAUAUCUAUAUAUUGGAAGUCUUUCUGUCAAGAAUGUCAUUACUUAUUUCCGUAUUAUAUUUUGGAUAAACGAUAUAUAUAUAUAUAUAUAUAUAUAUAUAUAUAUAUAUAUAUGUAUGUAUAUAUAUAUAUGUAUGUAUAUAUAUAUAUGUAUAUAUAUAUAUGUAUGUAUGUAUAUAUAUGUAUAUAUAUAUAUGUAUAUUAACUGAUAUUGUAACUACAAUGUAUAGAUAUUUCUACAUAUUACCCAUCCCUACUACACAAUAUAAAUUCGAAACUGUUUCGGUGCAGAUUCAGAUUGGGCUGUGAUAUUUUAUGAAUAGUUGAUAAGCUCAAAUUUUAGGCAAAUUGAUUGAUUCGAGACUGUCUUACUAAUAGUUUGUGUAUAUUAAUAAAUUUUAUGGAAAAAUUACAUGUUCCAAUGUAUAUAAACGUUAUGAAGUAUAUAGAUUGGCAAUGUGCUUAAAGCUGAUUUGGCGGGAACAUUUAUAAAAUUAAUUUCUAGUUAUUUUACGUUUUUAUAUUAAAUUAACGUAAAAUAUAUCAAGUUAUAAAUUUGAAAAAAGAACCAUAUAAUUGCACAUUAAUCACGUGAUUACCCUUUAAACAUUUAUCAUUUUAAGUUCAAUGAUUAAUAGUAAAACAAA